AACCAUGUUGUGACCAAUUUCUUCCUUGCAGAGUGUUGGGCGAUGGACGUUGCCUUAAGCACCACCAUGGCUGUAGCUGUAGUCAUCGCCCUUUUCAUCCCUGCACUGCUGCUGACACUGGUGCAAAGAAGACAGCACACUGGCCAUAAUAAGCCACCUCCGGAUCCGCCGGAGCCCAGAGGCAUUCCCCUAGUGGGGCACCUCCACCUCCUGAUAAAGAAGCCACUCCACCGCACCCUCGCCCACCUCGCCGACCGCCAACGCCAUGGAGACGUCCUGGGCCUGCGAUUCGGCUCCACCACCCGAGUCGCGGUUGUGUCCUCCGCCUCAGUCGCCCAGCAGUGCCUUGUCGCACUGGACACCUCGUUCGGCAACCGCCCGCGACUGCCGUCCGCGAAGAUCCUCUCCUAUGACUGGUCGACCAUGGGGCAUUCCAACUGCGGGGCAUUCUGGCGCCAAGUCCGGCGCACCGCCGCCACGGAGAUCUCCUCCGUGGAACGAGUGCAGCACUUCGCCGAUGUCCACGAGCAGGAGGCGCGGGCCAUGGCACGCCGCCUUUGUCGUGUGGCGCUUGCUGCUUCUGAGGGGCGAGCUCUUGUAGACGUCAAGGCACGGCUGUGGGAGAUGCUAAUGAACGGCUUACUGGACAUGCUCUGCAAGAGGACGUCCUCUCGGAGUAGUGACGAACAGGACGACACCGUGGAAGUGAGUGAGGAAGCCCGAUGCUUCAUGGCCAUGGUGGAGGAGACGAUGGAGCUCACGUUGACGGUGUGGGACUUCCUACCGGCACCGGCACGGUGGCUGCUGGACGUUAACGCGGUGGGUCGCCGGUUACAGCGACUGCAAGCAGACAGGACUGAGUUUUUGCAGAGGUUGAUUGAGGAGCACAAGGAGAUGGAGAAGGGCGGUGAAGUAACACGCAGGACGUUGGUCCGGGUGCUGCUGGAACUGCAAAAGAAGGACCCCGAGGCCUGCACGGAUCAGCUCAUCCGCUCCUCGUGUAUUAGUGCAAUCGAAGCUGGGGCACUUAGUACAAGCUAUACAAUUGAGUGGGUGAUGUCUCUCUUGCUAAACUACCCUCACGUCAUGAAGAAAGCUCGCGAUGAAAUCGAUGCAUGCGUUGGGGAACCUAAACGCCUGCUGGAGGCGACUGAUCUCCCCAAGUUGCCAUACCUUCGAUGCAUCAUCCUAGAGACGCUUCGGCUGUACCCAGUGGUACCACUUCUGAUUCCUCGUGAAUCCUCUACCGAUUGCAUGGUCAGUGGGUUCCAUAUUCCCAAAGGAACGAUGCUUGUCGUGAAUGCAUUUGCCAUCCAUAGGGAUCCUGGGACAUGGGAUGACCCAGAAACCUUCCUCCCGGAAAGGUUUGAGGAUGGCAGGAACCAAGCGCAAGCGGGCAAGAUGGUGGAUCUGUCAUUUGGCAUGGGGAGACGACGGUGCCCAGCAGAGAACCUGGGGAUGCAGUUGGCAGGCAUUGCUUUGGGAACUAUGAUCCAGUGCUUCAACUGGGAACGAGUGGGCACGGAGCUAGUGGACAUGGCUGAGGGCUCUGGCCUAACCAUGGCAAAGAAGGUUCCUCUGGAGGCCUUCUGUCGACCUCGUGCUUCUAUGCUCCAUCUUCUUUCACAAAUCUAAGUCCAAAUAAGCGUACGUACGUUGCUACUCUUAUUAUAUCCCUAUAUAUGCAUGUAAAAGCAAGCCUAGUAUAUCAAAAUCAAAUUAUAAUCUGUUGUGUACGUACAGCCAGAUGCAUGCUUGGUUCAUGCAGUGGCCUAGCUUCCCUUUUCUUUCAUUCGCAUGUAGUGGUGGAGUCCAUGGCGCGCGGCAAGCUCUGGUCGUGUGGGAUGGCGCGACGUGUGCAGAGCGUGGUGCGCACGAACGCCACGAUCUUGUACUCAUAUGAUUUUCUUAUAUAUAUAUAUCAAUAAAAGAACAACAGAAAACGCUGCGCCC